CACAACACGUCACCUACCAAUCCCCCGCACGCCACCCACCCCUCGCGGCUCUCUCUUACAAAAUCUGCCCCAAAAUCUCCGAAAACGAAUUUUUACAAUUCCUCACUGAAAGAACUGAGAAUCAUCGUCGGCGCCGGAGAUGGGAACGAGAACCGGUGACGGAACUAGAAGGUCAAAGGUCUUCGCUUUGGUAGCGAUUUUGCUAUUCAGUUUCGUGAACGACAUAUCGGCGUUGUCGGUAACAGUGAACGACGAGGAAUGCGUAUACGAGUACGUUCUCUAUGAAAAUGACACGAUUUCUGGAAACUUUGUCGUCGUCGAUCAUGACAUCUUCUGGAGCUCCGAUCAUCCAGGCAUCGAUUUCAUUGUGACAGCACCUGGAGAAAAUGUUGUACACACAAUGAAGGGAACAUCUGGGAAUAAAUUUGAGUUCAAGGCCCCUCGUAGUGGGAUGUACAAGUUCUGUUUUAAGAAUCCUUAUUCAACACCAGAAACUGUCUCUUUCUACAUACAUAUUGGACACAUUCCUAGUGAGCAUGACCUUGCCAAAGAUGAACAUUUGGACCCCAUUAAUGUCAAAAUUGCUGAACUAAGAGAGGCAUUGGAGUCAGUUACUUCAGAACAGAAGUACCUUAGAGCACGUGAUACCCGUCAUCGUCAUACUAACGAGAGCACACGGAAUCGUGUUAUAUUUUACACUAUUGGAGAGUAUCUGCUGCUUAUAUUAGCAAGUGGGCUUCAGGUUGUGUACAUUAGACGUCUGUUCAGCAAGUCAGUUGGCUAUAACCGGGUUUGACAAAUUCAGGAAGCAGCUAGUUUUUUUUUUCUUUUUUUUGCCUAUGUUAUACUGGAACUUAAAAGAGUUAUUUUGAUUAGCAGUUGAAAUUUAGAAAAAAAAAACAUAUCCUUCUGUAGCAUGUGAUUCUAAAUUAUUUGAAAAGGAUUUUCUCCAUUCUCAA